UGGCCGGCUGCCUGCUCCCGCGAGUCUUACGGCCACCCUCAGCGGGGCCCCCUCUCCUGCGCCGGGGCAGUCAUCCUGCCGGGGAGGAGGCUCCCUCGCUUAUCUCGAGCUCUCCUGAGCUGGCGCGGAGAGUAGUGCCCCCGAGGCGGGCGGUGCGAGGUUUCCACCGUGGGGAAGAGGGAGCGGGACUUCCCGACCCGGCUACCCAGUCCACACGGAGCAGUGACAACAGCAACGACAAUUUCAUCCAGAUGAAGCAGUGACAACAGCAACAACACCUGCAUCGACGGCUGAGCUUCAACUGAAGCCUUUGCAAAGUGCUUUCACCCACAGUAAUCACUCGGUUUACAAAGUUGUCUGGCUUCUAAGGGAGGUAUCAUUAUCUUCAUUCUACAGGAGUGGAGACUAAGGCCCAGAGGGGCUGAAGGGCUUGUCAGCAGAAGCUGGUCUCCAGGUUCCAAAUGGGGACCCAGAGAAUCCCUCAUCUGCUCCCACGCAUGGCUCGGGCACAAGGAAGUCGGGAACUGAGCGGCGGGAGGCGAGACAGGGACCUAGUGGGACGACGGUGGGCAGGGAGCCUGUCCGCCGGCGGGGGCGGAGGCUGGGCCGGGGCGGCCACGCCCCCUGGCCAGCCCUAGUGACAUUUCAAGAGCUGAUUGGGCCGGGUCGGUGACAGUUCCCGUUGCCCGGGCAACUGGGGCCGGGCUCCCUCGGUACUAGAGGGAGGCGGCAGGCCCGGGUCAGGGGCCUCCUCGAGAUCGGGCUUGGGCCCAGAGCAUGUUCCAGAUCCCAGAGUUUGAGCCCAGUGAGCAGGAAGACUCCAGCCCUGCAGAUAGGGGCCUGGGCCCCAGCCCCACAGGGGAUCAACCCCCAGGCCUUGGCAAGCACCUGCAGACGGCCCCAGGCCUCCUAGGGGAAGCUGGUCACCAGCAGGGGCAGCCGGCCAGCAGCAGCCACCAUGGAGGCGCUGGGGCUGUGGAGACGCGGAGUCGCCACAGCUCGUACCCCGCGGGGACCGAGGAAGAUGAGGAGAUGGAGGAGGAAGAGCUUAGCCCUUUCCGGGGGCGCUCGCAGUCAGCGCCCCCCAACCUCUGUGCUGCACUGCGUUAUGGCCGCGAGCUCCGGAGGAUGAGCGACGAGUUCCAGGGCUCCUUCAAGGGACUUCCUCGCCCGAAGAGUGCGGGCACAGCCACGCAGAUGCGACAAAGCCCCAGUUGGACGCGCGUCAUCCAGUCCUGGUGGGAUCGGAACUUGGGGAGAGGAGGCUCCGCCCCCUCCCAAUGACCAGUCCCACAGCCCGAAACCCCCCCCUUUCUCGGCGCCGCCGGCGGCCAUCUUGGGUGUGGGCGGAAGUCUUUUCCGCAGCCUUUAUGCAAGAAAGAGGAUCAGUCCUUUCCUUUUCGAAGGAGGCGAUCUGACCCAAAGCCCGAUUUCCUUCCGGUGUGUACGAAGAGCACAGAGGGGUUUGUCCCCGUCGGAAGUUUUGAAGUUUUAUCCGCUCUUAGCCGCCGGAAGUGGCCCUGUGACCCCGCCCCCGGCGCUGGGCUACCCCCAUCGUCUGCAAGUUGCAAUUCGGCGAAAUCCUGACUUCUCACCAGAACCCUUUCCUCCGCGGUGUCGCUGGGGGGCCAUCGCUUGCAGCGACAUGUGCUUAAUAAAGCCCGCGUUUGUGCCGCCGA